AUGGCAUCUACCAUCAACAAUGAAAUAUAUCAGUAUUCUGCUAAACCUCCAAUCUUUGAUGGACAAAAGUUUAUCUGCUGGAAAGAUAGAAUCAAAAUGUUCUUCCUUGGAUAUGAUGCAGAUCUAUCGGAUAAGGUAAUGAAUGGUUACACACAUGUUGUGGAUUCAAAUAGUUUAAAGCUUGAAAGAGACAAGAUAGAUGAACAACAAAAGAAAGACAACAAGAAUCAUCACAGAUCUAGAAUAAUCUUGUUGAAUGUUAUUUCUUAUACUAAGUAUGAGAAGAUUACAAAUAGAGACUCAACUAAGUCUAUAUUUCAUUCUUUAAGGAUAACUCAUGAAGAAAAUGAGCAAGUGAAGAAAACUAAUGCUCUGUCUUUGAUCCAGAAAUAUGAAGCUUUCAAAAUGAAAGAAGAUGAAACUUUUGAUGAUAUAUUCUCAAGGUUUCAAACACUAGUUGUUGGUCUGAAAGUUUUGAAUAAGGGUUACACCACAUCAUAUCAUGUUAAGAAAAUCAUCAGAAGCCUACCAAAUAAAUGGAGGCCAAUGGUGACAGAACUAAAGGUGUCAAAAGAUUUAAAUAUCAUAACUCUGAAAGAGCUUGUAAGCUUUCUAAGGAGUCAUGAGAUCGAGCAAGAAGAGGGUGAGUCCAAGAGGAAAGGGAAGUUUGUGGCUCUGAAGUCUAAAGAUAAGCCUGAAAAGACUAAAUCUCUUCAAGCUAAAGAAAAAGAGUCUGAAGAAGGUUCUGAUGAAGAGGACGAGUUGCAGAAGAGGUCUAGAGCUGACAAAAAGGUUACCUACUAUGAGUGUAAAGAGCUCUGUCACUACAAAAAUGAGUGUUCCAAACUAAACAAAGAAAAGCCUAAGAACAAAUUCUUCAGAGAGAAGAAGAAAGUGCUAAUGGCAACAUGUGAUGACUCUGACUCUUCCAAAGAUAACUAUGAAGAAAAGCAAGAUAACAUGGCACUUAUGGCUAGCACUGAAGCUUCUAAAUCAGAAUCAGAAUCAGAAUUAAAUUCAGACACUAAAGAGGUGUUUUCUCAUCUAACUCGUUCUGAACUUGAAUUAUCUUUAGCUGAAAUUCUUGAAAAUAGUCGGAGACUCUAG